GUCCCAAACAAACGAGCAUCCAAGGUUUGCCAACAUAACAUAACUUGGUUUCCUGUUGGAUAAAGGGGCGGGGAAAGAAAACAGGUGCAGAAAUGGAUUGCCAUUUUUCUGUCUGGGGAAUUUUGGCCUUUCUGAGUUUGGCUCUGAUUAUUUCACUGAUACUGAAUAUUUCACACUAUAUGAAAAAGAAGCAAGAAGCUAAAAUGUAUAAAGACUAUGAAGACUACAGUCCAAGCUAUGAUGACUAUUACACAGAAGAUGACCCAGUUUAUGGCAAUCUCAGUCAAGAUAUUUUAGAGGAAUGUUGUUACGAGCAGAUGAAGUCCCAGCCUCAAAGGCCAGUUAAUGAACUACAGGUGGAGUCUGCCAAUCAGAUGUGCUAUGCCUCACUUGAUCACAGUAUCAAGGGAAAACGCAGAAAACCAAGGAGAAAGAAAGAGUCUUCAUUAGAAGAUGAAGAAGAAAGACCAUGUAAACUCACCACCGUGCCUUCCAAAGUCAGCAUUUAUCUCAAUAGCGAGCAGCUGGCUGCUGAAAACACAGCAAAGGUAGAAGCUAUUCAUGAUGAUCCCAUCCGAUUAAUGGGCUUGAUUCAUACAACAAAGGAGAACAUUUGAAGUGGAUUCAUGAAGCAAGUAUGUAAGCAUAAAGUGAGACCUGCUUGUCCAUUCUGGAGGAACAAUGAAUGAUUAUAAUGUCCUGGCAAACUGACAUAUCAAUGGUGUAAAAAGGGUAAGUUAAGUGUUCAAGUUGUCUUCCAAGCGUAUCUAUGGACUACGCAGGAAGUAACUACAGACUCAGACUACCACUUUGAAGGGCCUACCCUUCAAAACAUCUUUGGAAAGGGAACUGUAGGUCCUGGUAUCUCAGAAUUUAACUCCAAAGCCUAAGUAUUGACCUAGUAUUUAUUCCGGUAAAAUUUAAUCCUUUGUUUCCAAGGACCAUGUGUAAUUCCAACUUCAAAUAGCCCCAAAAGACCCACUCGAUUGUUUGCAGAGCUCUAGCACACUUUAACUGUUCUUCUAUGCAAGUUUUAGCAAUGCGGUUUUUAACACCACCCUUUGGAAACAAAUGGAUUUUCACAUUUGCACAGCUAAGGAGUUAGUUGAUUUUUCAGUUAAAAACUGUUCUGCUAUUCAACAUUUUGUACUUUCCCAUUGUGACUAGUCUACAAUAAUACAAGAAUAUAUCUAAAGCUAAUCAGAGAAUAAUUUAAUAGUUUGUUUAAACCAGUACUUGUGCAUCUAGUAAAAUUUAACAAUACUCUUAUACACCUUUAGUUUUCUUUUGUGAGCAAUACCAGAACACAUCUCAAAUCUUCAUUCUUCUACUAACAUAAUGCUGUAUCUGUCCAUAUCCAACAGUUUGUAAAGAUAUUGGCAAAUGAUCUGUAAAAAUA